AAGAAGAAAAAAAAGACCAAAACAAAGGAAACAAAGAAAGACAAAAACAGAACACAACAAGUAAAAAAAAAGAAUCCGGUACCACUUUCCGAACUAGGUGGUGCCAGCGAUGAGGACUUCGAGUUCGAGUACGAAAGUGGGGGAGAGGGGAGGGGAGGCCAGAGGCCCUCAAAGAGACACAAAGGCAGCACAAAACAAACCCAAAGCAGAGAAAUGGUUGAGGUAGACGAAAACUACAUGCAGGGCAAUACAGCCUGCCUUAUACAGUUACAAACAGAGCUCGUCGAAGCAGUGAUGGAGGCCACCCUAGCGAGUGGUGACAGACAGGCCGCACAAAAAAUGCUCAAGGCGAGUGAGCGCCUGGUCGGUCUGGCCAUUGAACAAAUAAGGCAGGCCGCCUUUGAUCAGGGCAGGGCUGAGGGACUCUCAGAGCUGAUCCACCACCUGAAAACAGAAAACACAAACCUAAAAAAACAACUCGAAGAAGGCAAACCUGAAACCGAGAUCAGGGGAGAGUCCAGCUACGCAGAUAUCCUGCGAACCACGGCUCCAGCCCAAAAGACCAACCCCGAGGGUGGAGCAAACCGGGGCAAGAGCGACAAGGACCCAACCACCACAGCCGGACAACCCCCCUUCAGCGCAGACACCAACUCCGAAGCCAUGGAGGGGCUCAUCAUCAGGCCCAGCGACCCCAGGAUGGAGGCGCCCUUCGAACAUGUAAGACAGACUCUCAACCGAUCCUUCACUCCGCAUGAACUCGGGUUAGACAACUUUGCAUGCACCAAGAUAAGGGAGGGCGCCAUUGUAACAAGCACUAACCGGGAGGGACUCGAACGGCUACAAAGACUGCUAGAAACAAAAAAAGAAACAGCGGGGCAUUUCGAGACAAGAAUAGCGGAAAAACGACUUCCCCAGAUCUUGGUAACAGCAGUUGACCCGAACAUUGAGGAAGAGGAACUAAAAAUCAAAAUAACCGAACAGAACAAGAUCGAGGGAAACAGUAAUGACAUCAAACUGAUGCGUACAUUUGAAAGAAGGGACCAAACAAAAACGCACAUCCUUGAGGUCACCCCAGAUAUCUACCAACAAAUCUACCACAUGGAAAAACUCCUCAUAGGGUGGACCUACUGCCCUAUGAGGGAGAACGUACACACUAACAGAUGUACAAUCUGCUGUAAGUACGGCCACACUAGCAAGAACUGCCGGGGCGUGGAGAGGUGUUCCGAGUGCGCGGGCCCCCACCACUACACACACUGCGACGGGGAACAGGACGCAGAGGGCUACAUCCUACCAAACAGGUGCCCCGCCUGCACUGAUAACAACGAAAAACUUCACACAAAGUACGAAACGAACCACUCAUUUUACGACCAGGGAUGCCCGAGUCUGGGCGCCGAACAGGCCAAGGUGCGUGCCAGAACAAAAUAUAAUUAAACCCCAAAGUUGAGCCACCAAGAAUACUCACAACAAAAUGACACAAGAGACCGAAACCAACAGUGGUAAGAGGACGACAAGUCCCCAAACACCAGGAAUGAAAAACAAUCAGAAGGAAAGGGAAAAAAAGGAAAAGAACUCACUUAACAUAAUCCAAAUAAGUCUUAAUCACUCGUAUGCAGCGACAGAACAACUAAAAACCAACCUUCAAACUUUCGAAAAUGAUGUAACUUGUGUUCAAGAGCCCUACUAUAGCAAAAACAAAGUGAUCGGAUU